AAGGGGCGUCAAGCAGCAUCGCCAGCGCCAGAACACUGGCCAGCGGCGCUUCCGAAUCUCAUCGGUCCAGUCUCUUAUGCUGCACUAGCUCUGAUCGUACGAGGAGAGGCAGACAUGGCAGACAAUGAAGGUGAUCCCUUUGAUCGGGACUUCGCUCCGGCGAGGGACGUGCCUGACGAGUCAAGCAUCACUGCGCAUCGGCCGCAACAGUCCGGGAACGGUUCUCCUGCGCGAGCCAGUCAGGCGUCAGGCAGCCAGUACGACGCUGGACUGUCAUCCACGCCACGGCCAAGCAGCGCACUGAUGAAUUUCGGUAGCAACGCACGCAACAACCCACGCUCGACUGCAGGGGAGCAGCCUUCGCCUCGGCUGGAUCACAUCCCGCUCACCUCAGCAAGCACGCUCAACUCGCCUGCGCAGAUGCAGACUUUCCUGCCUGUCGAUCAGCCCAACGCGAGCAUCGACGCAUCGCCCAGAUCAAGGGAUUUCAAUCAGACGUUCCUAGGGCGAGGCAGAGCGCCGUCAGGUGCCGGGGCUGCACAACGCUCCACUUCCGCACGACCAUCUAUCCUCCUCAAUCCGAGUCAGGCCGGUCGCUCGCCCAAUCUCGCCAAUGUAUCUCUCACGGCGCCCUCCUCUGCCACCAUUGCACCAAAUCACGCAAGGAGCGCAUCCUGGGCGCGCUCGACCAUGUCUGAUGCCGGUGCCAGCAUCCUGAGCGAUGACAUCUCCAGCCCUGCAAGGACGGCGCAAUUCGCAAAUGCCUACGAUCAGCCGAGAAGUGACAGCCGAACGCGAUCUGGCACCACGGGACAGAUCCCGUCAGGCAGGGCAAAGGGCAAGGCCGCCGUAGCAGGUCCUCCUGCUGCGCCACCUCUGUCCAGGCAAGCUUCUCAGGCACCGAAAGGUCGAGCUCGUGCAAAGUCCAGAUCGCGCCGCAGGGGUUCUGAUAGCGGCUCAGACGAUGAGCAGCUGGAACCCACCCCGGACCGAUCGCACAAUGUCAGUGUCGGCGCACUCGGCAUGGUCUCGAACACCGGCGAGCUCGAAGGAGAUGACGAGGUUCAUCGUCGUGAUCGAGGUGAGGAGCUGGUCAGAAAACGCAUGCGAGAGCGCAAAAAGGAACGCAAAGAAGCGGAAAAGCGGGAGAAGAAGCGUCAAGACGAAGAGCAAAAGCAGGUGCAGAAGGCUGCAAACGCUCGUCCUCGAGCGAUCUCACGGGGCAUGUCAGAGCCCGGGCCGUCGUCUCAAUGGCGCAGCGAGAGCAUGCCACCCGGUCGGCCAAAGUCGACAUUCAAUCAGCAAGAAAGCCUGUCGACGGCUUCGCAAGGCACGAUGGAAGACGAUCGAGAUAACGUCUCACCUCUGUCUGCUACCUUUCGGGGGCGCUGGCGAGAUAUACAGGCUCUGUCAGCAGAAGCCUCUAGCUCUCGCGAUGCUAGUGUAGCCAGCUGGCAAGGCAAGCUGACGGCAGAUGAUGCCGAUCCAGAGACUCGGCCAGCUUCUUCCGUCACAUUCAACGAAGCCGAAGCAGCCGCUCGGGAUCGCAGUGUCACGCCUACCAGGCUUGCGCACGGCGCACGAUCCUCCAUUGGCCAAGAGUCAGCGAGCCGGCAAGCCGAAGCAAGGCCCAUGAGCAGACAUGAGACCACUUCCGCAGCUGUUCCUGCUGCGGGCAGCCAGGCUUCGUCCAGGCGACCCUCGGAUGCGCAUUCGUAUGCUGGCACCACUGAGCGCUCUGCAUCGGACAAGCCCCUUCAGAGUGACGACGAAGACAUGGAAGCCGAGCCAGAACCGCUGGAAGACGACGAUAUCGACGAGGACGAUGAUGAGGACAUUGACGACGCUGAUGUUGAAUACACCUUGAAAGAUCGUCAAGACGCUAUCAACAUCGAGCAUCCUUUCGGUCUGCCCAUUUGGAAGCCAGCGCUCUACAAGAAGAGCCGCUCUGUACAUCGCAAUGCCGAGACCGCCUUACACGAAGCACCUUCGCUUCAAGCGGAGCGUCACCUGCUCGUCGGCAACAUUCUUUGGACCAUCUUAUUUGGCUUUGUGCUGUUCCUCGUCUGUGCGAUCGUCGGCAGUGUGCUCUUCAUUGUGCCGUGGGGCGGCGCAAAGUACGCACGCGUCGUCUGGGAGCUGGCAUCUUACCUCUUCUGGCCUUUCGGACGCUAUGUGGAAGGACACGACGAGGAUCAGUCAGGGGAGACUGAUGAGGGCUCUUUGGACCGUUCGGCAACUGCGUCACCAUCCAAGCCGCAGAGCACCGACACUUCGGUCGUGGGCACACGUCGCGACUCUGACGGUACCUUACAAGGCCUACCAUCAAAUGCGCCGGCCACGGCCGAGGACUCGCUGAUCCGCCGAUCGGGUAGUAGCGUCGUGGCCGCGCGUAAGCUGGCUUUCGCAGAGCCUUCUGAUGAGCGCUCGCCUCUGGUUCGGCGGUGUGCUACGGAUCCGGAACUGUCGUCGCAUUCGUUACUAGAAGAUGACCCCAAAGGCUCGCUUCCUUCCACCUCUUCGUCUCACUAUGGCACUUUCUCGCCCAGUUCAGGCAAGCCGCGACCACGGCAAAAACCGACCAUACGGGUCAGAGCGCUCGGUCGCCUGACUUACUGGGUCGCUUUCUGGCUCGUCAUCGCGCCAGUCAUGCUGGUCAUCUGUGUGCUUUGUUGGGGCUUGGUCUUCACGAUUCCAAUGGCCAAGUUACUCUGGGUGCUGCUCUGUCAUCUCGCUAAAGAACCUCUCUCACUGCAUUUUCGCUCGCCCAAACCAUUCGAUCCUGAAGCCGUUACAGAGGGCGAUGGUACGCUGAAAUCGUAUCGGCGCAAGUUCAGACCGGGACAACCUGCACCUAUACAUUCGCACAAGACUUAUGCUGCCUCUAAAGCGGCGGGACGGCUGGACGGACCUGGCUCGACCAUCUUGCUUUGCACAUAUCGCGCAAUUGGUCUACAGUACUACAAGUACACCGUUGAUGGUGUCAAUAUUAUGUUCAUCAACCUACUGCCUUUCAUCAUUUUCGUAAUCCUCGAUGACUUCUUUCUCGAGCCAUACGUCCAUCGGCAUCAGAUCGGAGGCCUUAUCGGCUUUGUGGCAGCACAACCCACGAUUUUUGUGCUCGCUCUGUUGAGCGUCAUUCCGCUCUCUUACUUCAUCGGCAUGGCGGUCGCCUCGAUCAGUGCACAAUCAUCGAUUGGCAUGGGUGCCGUCAUUAAUGCGACCUUUGGCUCGAUCAUAGAAGUGAUCCUCUACGGCAUAGCUCUUACUCGAGGCAAAAGCGUGCUAGUGGAAGGUAGCAUCGUGGGCAGUCUGCUUGCUGGUGUACUGCUCAUGCCAGGCGUGUCCAUGAUCGGUGGUGCGUUCAGGCGCAAGGAGCAGCGCUUCAACGCGCGAUCAGCAGGCGUCACCAGCACUAUGCUGAUCAUGGCUAUCAUCGGCGCGCUCACACCAACCAUGUUCUACGAGGUCUACGGCACAUUCGAGCUCACCUGUACCGGAUGUCCCACAGAUAGACAGGACAGUGAAUCCUGGCAGUGCAAACGGUGCUCAUACGCCCAUAUCGAUCCCGUCGACGACCCCUUCUACCAAGGCACUGUCAAACUUUUGUCAUACUACUGCUCGGUCAUCCUACUACUGUCUUAUCUCAUCGGUCUCUGGUUCUCUCUGCGCACACACGCUUCACAGAUUUGGCAAAACGCACAUGCUCUGCCACCUGCGGUUUUGCCGGCACGUCCGGAUCAUAUACACGAUUCACAGCGAUCUCACGCUACAGCAGUGUCCUCCGGCGCAGCCACGGGCGCCGAUGUGUCGACAGUUCUAUCACCAGGCAACGGGCACGCGGACGCAAAUCACUACAACAAGAAAAAGGCUGAUCCGAGCAGCAUCGAAGCCCUCCUGACUGAUCCUGUCAGUUCAUAUCUUCCCGACAGUCUCAAAGCGCCAGAACUGCGCGAAUCAGUCCAAGAGCUCAUGCAGCGAGUUGGCGAGCGAGUGCGUCAGCUGCCACCGAUUCACGAGGCUACCCGACUGGCGGCAGCGCAUGAUGCAGCAGCCGAAGAACCUGCUGGCCACGACGCACCAAAUUGGAGCAGGGUCAAAUCAUACAGCGUCUUACUUGCAUGCACCAUCCUCUACGCUCUCAUUGCAGAGGUCCUGGUGGGCGUUGUCGAUGUCGUCCUCGAGGGGUCGGGCAUACCGGAGAAGUUGCUCGGCGUGACGCUGUUUGCACUCGUACCCAAUACAACUGAAUUCAUGAAUGCCAUCUCGUUCGCCAUCAACGGCAACAUUGCGCUCAGCAUGGAGAUUGGCAGUGCCUACGCGAUUCAAGUCUGUCUACUUCAGAUCCCAGCCAUGGUAGCAUUCACUGCGCUCUAUAGCUCGCGACGAAGCACCAUGAUAGGUCACGCCUUCACGCUCGUCUUCCCCCGAUGGGAUGUCAUCGCCAUCAUGUUCUCCGUCUUCCUUUUGACGUAUGUCUACAUCGAAGCGCGAAGCAACUACUACCGAGGCUCGGUUCUGGUCCUGAGUUACCUUGUUCUCAUGGGAGGUUUCGCGUUCGGUCCAGCCGGCGCCGACACAGAAGUCAAUCCGCUGAUGUUGAUGAAGAAUCUUCUUUAGGGCAGCUUGUAUAUUGUACGACGACAGCAUGC